GUAUGAAACAAUAUUACAAGUAAUUUGUCAAUAACAAUAAACGAAAAUAACACAGGUAUGUAAGUACAUUCUUAUCGUGUUCAAAUGAAUCGAUUCGAUAAAGUUUACGACACGGCGACACGCCAGUCGCAGUGGGCGGGCAUUCAGUCAGCGGAGUCGCAACGCGACCAAUCACGAGAGUCGAGCGUGCGCACAAACGUGCGAUAAUGCGUCAGUCGCAUCGCGCCCCGCUGCGGAGGUGGCGUUUUUUUCGUCGCAAUUAUAACUACGCCUUUAUGUCGUCGAUUGAAGUGAUUUGUCAAAAUGUCAAUGUUUAAUCCAGUUCAAUUGAUAGAUGAAGUAAAAAAACGGCCCGGGCUGUACACACCUGACCAUCCUGCCGAUCGGGAAGAGAAAUUGGCGUUAUGGAAGGAAAUAGGAUCAGUCAUAUACCAUGGUUGGGAAAAUUUCAACAAGGCGACAGCUUACGACAGAGUGUUACAGUUGCAAAGGAAAUGGCGGUCGUUGAGGGACGCGUACAACAGGGAGCUGCGCGCGCGCCGGUCGGGGGUCAGGAUCAACAGGCGAGUGUAUCGCUACUUCAAGAGGAUGAGCUUCCUCGGAGGGUUCGAUGGCACUCUCAGCGAAGAAGAGGAAAUGGAUGAAGAUAAUAUGAUGCUAGAGGCACACAAUCCUGAUGAAGAAAUGCAAUGCAAAAUGGAACCGAUUAAAGUAAAGAAAAAUAAACGGAAGAAGAGGAAACAGGAGUCCAGUGAAGGCAGUCACCAGCCUCCAGAAGAACUGGAAAUGCCAAUGUUUCCAGUAGAGAUGGCGGAAAGUGAGACGGACAGUGAUAGACUCUUCCUUCUUUCUUUCCUCCCUGAAAUGAGGCAGUUGCCGAUUAAUAUAAAGAUGUGGGUUAGGGCACAAAUAGCUAAUGUGAUGCAGGAGGCCGUGUCCUGCCACUACAAUAACACAAGACCAGGGUCUUCAGGAGACAAGAACUGCAUGGACAUCAAACGACAAAGGCAUGACAGUACUGAAUAAGAUAGCUAAUACUUCAAUAUAGUUUUAUUGGUGCUCUUAGAAAGAAAGAUUUACUUAUGUUUGUUUCAAAGAUUAUUAAUUAUAUUUUGUUGUUGAUUUACUCGUAGGAGAUAAUAAAUGAUCGGAUAUGUAGCCUAUUUUAAGUAAGAUUUAAUAUUGACCUGGUGUUGUGUUAAGAUGAUAAAAAUGUUUGUUCGGUUCGUUUCAAAAUGGGGAUUGCUUUUAUACAAACGCAUGGUACAAGUAAAUACAAGAAGAAUAUGUGUUCUUGGUAACUUAUGUAAGAUCAUACAUAGUAUGUUUUAUGUAAGCAACAUGACUUACUCCCAUAACAGUCGCCAAGAUCAAAAUAAAAGAAUACAUCUAAAAUAUGGACUAUAUCCAAGUCCGUUGGCAAAAACAGAGUUUACGAUUGUUACUUUUGUUUUGUUAUUAGUUACACUAAUAUAAUCAGAACCGUUUUUGGCAAGGGGUCAAGAAACAAGAAAAAAAAGUUGUUUUGCUUUAUUUAGUACUGCGGUAUUUCUAAAUAUUUCGACUAUUACAGUGCUGACUGAAAUAAGUUGUUGUUACGAGUUUACCAACCGCCAUCUUGUUUUGUAAAUACAUAGAUAAUAAAUAUUUUGUUUAAUCUGUGUUACCAAUGUUGCCGUUAAAAUAAAUAUUGAUUUUGUUACAAAAAUUCUGAUCACUUGAUGAUUAUUGUAUUUUUCUAGUCUAGAUAAGCGUAAUUAAAUAUAAAUAGUAUAUUUGAAUUAUUAUAAAACGUUUAAACGGAAGAUAUUGCGUUAUUUUAUGGUUUCUUUGAUUCAGUUGUGGCAAGUGCAACUGCUUAGCUUGAGUCUUCAGAUUUCGAUCAUUGAGUAGUAAAAAAGUAAAACAUAAAGUCAAGCCUAUUUCUCAUUGGUUAUUUUGAUCUCUUUAAAUGCCUUCCAUAUUAGUGUUUUACCGUCAUAAAUCUUAUAUGUCUUGUUACUUCUUUUUUUAAUUAGUCUUUUAAGAUAUAAAUUGGAUAAUACCUAUUCUUUGGUGGACUUGUCACCUCAUCACCUAUUUCGAAGAAUUGUUAUCAUUUCAGUUACAGAAUCCUUGUUUUCAGUUAAAUUAGACGUUGGUACAUUUGCAAUAAGUACCAUUAUACUCUGUAAUGUCAUUGUUUCCUGUUUGUUUAAGGUAAUAAAUGUUAUUCCUUCCCUUUUUAA